GCAGGCUCGCACUUCGGCAGUGGUGCUGGGAGCCUCGCGGGCGCGGCGCCGUUACUCGCAGUCGGGCGGCGGCAGCGGCACAGCGCUGAGCGCACACCGCACCUUAGCAGCAGCAGCAGCAGCAGCCGCCGCGGAGGCACCCCCGCCGUCUCAGCCUCUGCGCUGGUGCAGCCACCCUCGCUCUCUCUGCUCUUCCUCCCUUCGCUCGCACCAUGGCCGAUCAGCUGACCGAAGAGCAGAUUGCUGAGUUCAAGGAAGCUUUCUCCCUAUUUGACAAAGAUGGCGAUGGCACCAUCACCACAAAGGAACUUGGAACCGUCAUGAGGUCACUGGGUCAGAACCCAACAGAAGCCGAAUUGCAGGAUAUGAUCAACGAGGUGGAUGCUGACGGUAAUGGCACCAUUGACUUCCCAGAAUUUUUAACUAUGAUGGCUAGAAAAAUGAAAGAUACGGACAGUGAAGAAGAAAUUCGUGAGGCAUUCCGAGUCUUUGACAAGGAUGGCAAUGGGUACAUCAGUGCGGCAGAACUACGUCACGUCAUGACAAACUUAGGAGAAAAACUAACAGAUGAAGAAGUAGAUGAAAUGAUCAGAGAAGCAGAUAUCGAUGGAGAUGGACAAGUCAACUAUGAAGAAUUCGUACAGAUGAUGACUGCAAAGUGAAGACCUACUUUCAACUCCUUUUUUCCCCCCCUCUAGAAGAAUCAAAUUGAAUCUUUUACUUACCUCUUGCAAAAAAAAAAAAAAAAGUUCAUUUACUCAUUCUGUUUCUAUAUAGCAAAACUGAAUGUCAAAAGUACCUUCUGUCCACACACAAAAUCUGCAUGUAUUGGUUGGUGGUCCUGUCCCCUAAAGACGAAGCGCUACACAUCAGUUUUACGAUAUAAAUACUUGUACUACCUUAACAAUAAGGAAGCACUUAGUGGACUCCUUGCAGUUCCAUUUGCUAACGAUUACUGCACUGUUUGGGCUGGCCAGUUUUUCAUGCAUGCAGCUUGACGAUUGAGCACAGUCAGGCCUUUGUAUUAAAAACGAAAAAAUGAAAAAACAAAAAUUUAAAAAAGCCUAUUCCACAUGGGUUCUAGUUCAAUUUGUUGAGUAUAAAUUGUCAUCGCUGGUUUACCGAAAGCAAACCUUAAAAAUUGGGUUACCUCGGGAUGCUGUGCAGAAAAAUGGGUGAAGGAUAGACUGUCCGGACGCAGCCCCCCCAGAGCAGGGCGGCCCCCUGUACUCCCGCGCGCCCCCACCCGUGUGGUGACGGUGACAUCCUGCCGGCAUGCCGCGUGUGUGUUGGUUUUAGCGUUGUCCGCCUCGUGCCAGAGCGAGACAGGUGUCCGGCUGUCACCAUUCACGCACAUUUUUAAAAAGAAACCUUUACCAAGGGAGCAUCUUUGGACUCUCUGUUUUUAAAACCUCCUGAACCGUGACUUGGAGCCCGCAGAGGUAGGCUGUGGCUGCGGACCCUUCAGCACAACCGUCAACAUUGCUGUUCGAGAAAGUACAAUAACGUCCAUUCCAAGUUGUAAAUGCUAGUCUUUUUUUUUUUUUUUCCAAUAAAAAGACCAUUAACUUAAAGUGGUGUUAAAUGCUUUGUAAAGCUGAGAUCUGAAUGGGGACAAGGCAGUUGGAGGAGAAGAUGGUACCAUUUAAUGCCCACAGCCCGGAAUCAGGCUUCUUGCCCUCCCAACGUCACAGCACCGACCUCUGAGCCUGAGACCCUGCCUCAGUGCAGGCAGGUAGCAAGUGCUUCAUCCUAUCCUUGGGCAUGUAGGUCUACCUGUAUUUUCACUGGGGGGAGGUGGGGAGCAAGCCCUGGGGACUUUGUGAUUAUUCAGGCAGCGGAGCUCUUAAGGAAGGAAAAGAAAAAACAAACCCCACUUUUUCUCAAGCAUGUACUUGGGUUCUGCCCAGUCGUGCUGCUGAUUACCUGUUUUAUGUAACUACUUGAGACCAUCUGUGCAAGAGACCUGGUUUAGUGUGUCAGUAACUCGAUCCUCGCUAUGUGGUAGGAGCAGUCUGCGUGCCUAAGAGACACUACCGGUCACUUUUGAUUGAUGAUUUUUAAUUUAUGCUACUUUCCUUAGCUUCCUUUUCCUUCUCCCCCUGCCCACACCCCAGUUGACACUUUGCUUUCUAUCUCCCCCCGCCCCCAGCCCAGCUGACACUUUGCUUGCUUUCUCCCAAGUAGAACUAAUGCUGGUCCCCAGCCUGAGAG